AUGUACGGAAAGUGGGUUCUUGCCUUUGCUCUCUUGUCGGAGUUGAUUGCUGCACGCUCCAUCGGACAUGCCUUUUCUCGUCGUGGUGUCGACUGCACCUUCACAAUAGCUGCCAGUUCUGGAGACACUUGUGAGACCUUUGCCGACAGCUGGGGCAUAACAACCAAGGAGCUCAAGUCCAUCAAUCCUGAUCUGGACUGCGCCAAAUUCGAUGACACCGCUGAGUAUUGUGUCUCUGGUGAGGCAAAUGAUGAUGAUCCCACUAAGACUACCGCAACUUCCAACGCCGCUGAGACCACGACCGUCGUGACGACCUCCAGCUCGACCGAGACUACUAAGACUGACACCGCGACCUCUUCGGCCAGUGACCAUGAGCCCACCCAGCCAGGUCUGGCUGAGAACUGCGACAGUUUCCACAAGGUUGCGGACGGGGAUAGCUGUUAUAAUAUUGAGGUUGUAGCUGGAAUCACCCAUUCGCAAUUCUUGAAAUGGAACCCCUACAUCAAUGAAAAGUGUACAAACCUCUGGGGAGACUACUACGUCUGCAUCCACGUCCCUGGAGCAACCACCACUUCUGCUGCUCCCACGCCCACUGACGGUGGCAAGACCCCCACGCAGUCCGGCAUUGCUGAGAACUGCGACAAGUUCCACAAGGUUGGUUCCGGUGACCAGUGCGACUCCAUCCAGACCGAGUACAAGAUCACCCACAAACAGUUUAUCGACUGGAACCCCGCCAUUGACUCUGACUGCACAAACCUGCAACUGGACUACAACGUGUGUGUCCACAUUCCCGGCGCCACUAACACCCAUGGUCCUACGCCGCAGAUGCCCAACUUAUCCUCGGACUGCAAGACAUACCACAAGGUUGCUGAUAGUGAGAGCUGCGCUGUGAUUCAGAAGGAGGCUGGUGGUAUCACUCUCGCUCAGUUCCGUAAGUGGAACCCGACCAUCGAUGCGAAUUGCAGCAACCUUUGGAGCGGAUACUACGUAUGCACUGGCGUUUAA